AUGUUCUCCCGGGCACUGCAUCGACUGUCACGUAACGUUCACCAAGCUCCUCAUAGUAUUACCCCGACUGCCCAUGCCAGAGCAUUUCGUCGCAUAACCGUGAACUCGAAGAGCCCAAGCGUACCGCAACUGCGAUUCGCAUCCUCUGGGAGAUUUCCACCACCACCCCCUCGACAGCAAUAUGGCUCCAAUCCUAGAUAUCGUACGAAAUAUGACCCAGAUGCAGCAGGAAAGGCGCGGCCAUUGAUCACCGGCGAACAAAUCUUCAGUCAAAGAACGGGCAUCGUUGUAAUCGCCUUGACUGGCGGGUCAAUUAUUUUCUACGUCACUCAUCUCGAGGAAGUACCGGUGUCAGGAAGAACUAGAUUUAUAUGCUACAGUGAUGAGUCUGUUGAGAAAGAAGGCCAAAUGGCUUACCGGCAUGUUAUGUCAGACUACGGACGUGCCAUUUUACCACAAUGGGAUUCGCGAACAAAACAGGUUGAGAGGGUUAUGAGAAGGUUGAUUCCUGCGAGUGGAAUGGAAGGCGUUGACUGGGAGGUUUGUGUAAUUGAUUCACCUGAGGCAAACGCCUUCGUAAUACCCGGAGGCAAGGUAUUCGUUUUUAGUGGUAUUCUGCCCAUAGCUAAGAACGACGACGGCCUUGCUGCAAUUCUUGGGCACGAGAUAGCGCACAAUCUCGCUAGGCACUCCAACGAAGCAAUGUCCUCAAUGAUAUUGCUCCAGCCGGUUAGAUGGAUGUUCAUAUUCCUCGAUUCCACCGGCUACACGGGCGGUCUAGGCAGGCUCAUUGGUGACUUGUUCUUGGAUUUCGGGUUAAUGAAGCCUGCUUCUCGAAGGCAGGAGAGUGAAGCAGACUAUAUUGGACUCAUCAUGAUGGCUAAGGCAUGUUAUGAUCCUCGUGCUGCUGCGGAUGUAUGGCAACGCAUGGAAACAGCACAUGCGACUGAUAUGCCUGCAUGGCUAUCUACCCAUCCUACCAACAAAAGUAGAAUGGAUAACAUGCGCGAGUGGUUAUCGAAAGCUGAUGCCGCGAGAGAACAGAGCGGGUGUGCAGCUACGACUACCUAUGCGAGAGGGUUCGAGGAUGCUCUAGGCGGCUGGGCUGGAUUCGGAGACAUGAAUAGAAGAUUACGACGAUGA